CCCAAUGCUCUCCCCUCAGUCACACACAAAUGCCUUUCUCAACAUAUCACGAUUCAUACGCGAUUCCAUCUCAUCAUAGUCUUUCCCCAUGCCACUAAACUCAGAAAGCAUCAUCGCAAUUGCGGCACUACUAGUAGCAUGUCCCCCAACAGCAUGGGUAUUAUACAAGAUCCAUCGACGUCGACCACCCGCUCCCGAGCCCAUAGUAAGUCUCUUCGCCCUCUACCGAGAAACCGCAUUACUGUCUCUUACUGCUACCCGACUGGCUCUAACAAAAACUCCAUGCCUUGCUGCCUACCCAUAACAACACAACAUCUCCGCUACAACGUCCCCCAACUGCUGUACUCCGCCCCUGGCGAUCAAUGUCAUGCCCCCCAUACAGCUUCGGUCGUGCAGGGUAUAAAGUACGGGGCGGAGAUCCGAGCGUGGGGUCUAGCAGAAUCUCUACAGCAUAACAGCUGGAAUAACUAUGUCGUAAAAUACGGUUGGAUAGGCUUAAUGGAGUGUAUGUCCCUGUUUCGUAAAAAGAAAUACUUGGUGUAGUGUUAUAAGUGUG